AUGAAGUUCAAAAUUAUGCUAAAUUAUCAAUAUUUGUCCCUAAGACUAAAAAGAAGUAUAUUAAAAUUUUCGGUUAGACAUAAAGGUAGUAUUAAUGUACCAAAAUUAAAUACAAUGAAAAAUAUGACAAUUUAUGAUAUUAGAAAAAAUGUAGAAUUAUGUAAAAAAAAAAAUAUAAAGAUAAAAAGUAUAUGGAAUGAUUUUCUAUAUAUAGUAAUAUUAAAAUUAUGUAAUAAUGAAAUAAAUGAUUUCGUUGAUUUGAUGAUUAUAUUAAAAGUAUUAAGUAAAUAUAUUAGCUUAGAUAAAAGAGUACUAAAUUUUAUAUGUGAAAAAUUAGAACAUAAUAUUUAUAAAUUAACUAUAAGGGAUUUAAGUUUGUUAAUUCUAAUUUUAAGGAAACAUAAUUUUGAUAACACUUAUUUUAUCAGUUUAAUUAGUAAAUCUAUAUUAAUGAAAAUGAAUAAAAACAUAUCAUAUAAAGAUUUGGCAUUAAUAACUUUUAGCUUGUCUAGAAAUGUAUGUGCAACAGAACAAAUUUAUACUAAAGAAAUUUUCAAUUUAACUGUUUUAAAACUUAAUAACGAUUUAAAUAACAUAAAUUUUCAUUCAUUAUCAUUAUUUUUUUAUUCAUAUAGUUUAUAUUUUGUAAAUAAUUUUGAUUAUUUUAAUUCUUUUUUUUACAUGAUUAAAAAUUUUAUAAAAAUGUUAAAAAAAAAUAUAAAUUAUUUGAAUUCUACUGAUAUAAUGUUUACUUUUAUUUCGGCUUUACAUAUUUAUAAUUCAUAUGAAGAUAAUUCAAAAAAUUUAGAGAAUUCAAAAUAUAAUGCUUUUGAUUUACUCAAUAAUAAAUAUCCAUUAUUAAAUAAAAACUUAAAUAAAUUAACUAAAAAAAAUUCACGAGAACUUCUGGAGGAUAAUUUGAAUAAUGAAUGCAGACAUCAAUUAAAAAAUAAUUUGAGAAACAAUACAAAAAUUGAUUCAGAAAAUAAUGGUGAGUUAAUUUCAAAAAAAGAUUCUAAUAGUUAUUUACAGGAUGUAUCAGAAACAAAUACACUUCCGAAUUCAACAAUAAAGUUAAAAGAAUUUGAUAAAAAAAAUAAAGAAUUUUUAGAGAAUUUUAUAGUAGAUAUAAAAACUGAAAUUGUAGAAAAAUUAAAAUGUUUCAAAAUUCAAGAAGUAAUAAAUAUUUUAUUUGUAUCACUAAAUAGAAAUUUUAUAAUUAAUAACAAAUACUUUAAUUUUCUUAAUAAAUAUAGAAUAAAAAUUGAAGAUUACAUUAAUAUUUAUAUAAAAACAGGUAAAUGUGAUGAGGAAGCAAAUUAUAAUUAUAUUCUAAAAAUUGAAAAGACAUAUGAAGACGAAAGGUUUAUUAAUAUAUUAGUAGAUGAAAUUAUAUAUAGAAAUGAUUGUUUAAGCUUAAAACAUAUUAUUUUAUUACUUUAUUUAUUAAGAAAAUCUAAUUUUAUAUUUGUACAAUUUGAAAAAAUAAUACUAAAAAGGUUAAUAUGCAUAGAAAAAGAAUUAAAUAAAAAUGAAAUAAUGUUCCUAUAUCAAUAUAUAUUUUUGAGAACUUGUUUAUUUAGUGAAUUAAAAAAAUAUUCCUUAAAAAUUCAUGAAAAGGAUAAAAAUUUUUAUAUACACGAUUCAAAGAAAAGUUUUAUAAAUAAUGAUCCUAGCAAUGAUAAUGAUUUUUGCAAUAACAAAAAUGAUACAGAAAAUGAUAUGUAUAUGCAUGACGACAUUUUUUAUUUAGAGAAAAAAAGAAACAGAGAUAAAAAUAAAAUAUAUUUAUAUGACAACUUUAUUUUUAGAUAUUAUGCACGAGCAGUGAAUAAUAAAAAGGAUUUUCAGGAUCAGAUAAAUAUGAAAUAUUUUAUUGAUUUAAAAAAAAAUGUAAAAAAAGAAAAAGGAGAUGAAAUAUUAUUAAAAAAUAGAAAAUUAAUAAACAAUGAAAAAAAUGAUGAAUUAAUUUUAUGUAAAACAAAAAAUUACAACAAAAUUAAUGACUUAGAUUCUUGUAAAAAAAUUUUGAAAAAUGAUAAUUAUGAAUAUAUAUACGAAAUUAGUUGUUUUAAUUUAUAUUUAGAUAUAUAUAAAAUUUUAUGCUUAAAAUUAUUAAGCCCUUUACGAAAUGAAAAAUUAUCAAGUUCAUACAUUAUAGAUAUAUUAUGUAUUUAUGAAAAAUUAAAUAUAAGGGAUUAUAGAAUUAUAAGAUAUUUGUAUAAUUUAAAAAAGGAAAUUAUAUAUUUAGAUAAUAACUACUUAUUAAAAAUUAUUAAUGUGAUUGUAAAUUUUAAUUUAUAUAACAUGCUAAUAUACCUAAAUAUAGACAAAGUUAUUAAGUUUAUGAAUUUCAACUCAUUAGAUGAAUGUAUAGAAGUUUUGAAAUUAGUAAGUAUGGCCAUUUCUUUUAAAGGAGGUUUUUAUAAGUUUCGUUCUUUAAGUAUAGAAAAUAUAAUAAAUUAUAUUUUAAAAAAUUUGAAUAAAUUAAAAAAUUUUGAUGAAUUAGAAAAAAUUCAAAUAACUAAUGCAUAUAAUAAUUUACCAAUUAAAUUCUAUAAAUUAUUUAAAAAUGUAAAUUUCUUGAAUUCUUUAAAAGAAUCACGAGAUAAUGAUAAAUUUGAAGAAAAAGAUAACAUUAUAUUAUCCGAAGGAAACAUUAAAAGUUUACAUAUUUAUAACGUAGAUGAUAUCAAUUUAAAUAAAAUGAAAAAUUCAUAUUUUAUAAAACAAAAUAUGAAUCAUUAUUCAUAUGCAUAUGAAUAUAGAAAUGUAAGCGAUGAAAUAUAUAAAGAUUUUUUACUAAUGUAUAAGAAUAUAGAAAUAUAUAAAAACAUAAAUAUAUGCAAUUUUGUAUUCCCUUUAGCUCUUAAUUUAUUAACAUUAAAUGAUAACAAUAUAUGUUAUGAUUUAUAUAACUCAUAUAAAAAUGAUUAUAAGAAAAGUAAUAAAGUAGUAGAAUUGAAUAAAAAGAAUUUUCUGAUUGUUGAUAUUUUAUAUAACUAUGAUUUUUUUUAUUCUUUGAAUGAAACAAAGGAAAACAAAUUAAAAGAAAAAAAUAUUUAUAUAUCAUACUACAGUAGUCAUAAAAACAAAUAUAAUAAAAAAAUCGUAAAUUUUAAAAAAUAUACUAUAUUGAGAUUAAUUAAAAAAGGAGGAUACAACUACAUCUGCAUCGAUGCCAAAACCUAUAUAAAAAAUAAAAAAAAAAGCAGGGAAAAUGAUAUAAAUAAACAGUAUAUAAAUAAUUUAAUAUUAAACUUAUUGAAAAGAAAAAAGGAUAGUAGGUAUAUAAAAGAGGAGAAACAAAUUAAAGCUACAAAAAAUCAUAAAAUAUUAUGUUUUCAUUUGAAAAACAAAACAAAUAAAAUAUUAAACAUUAAACAUUAUAAAUGCAAAAUUAGAAAUUUUUUUUACGAAAAGAAUAAGAAAAAUUGGAAAAAAUAUAUUAUGGAAAAGAAUUUAUCAGCUAGUGGUAAAAGAGAAAAAAUUAAAGAAAAAACCAAACCUACUUCAAAUCAUUUGACAAAGUUAAGAAGUAUGUUUCAAUUGACAUAA